UAAACGGGAUACGAACAUUAAGAAUGGCAUAAAAAAGCAGAUUAAUUUGAUGCUGAUAUCAUCUGCGUCCAAGAGACUAGUUACUCAUAGUGGUACUCCAUUCCUGGCUGAGGAAGGAUUGACAGGUCUGCUCACCAGUCAUGAAGGGGCUAUUGGUUGCUAUGGUGACCAGGUAGAGUUUUCUAGUGAGGAGUUGAUGGCCCUAGACAACGAGGGAAGAGCUGUCAUCACCCAGCAUCACUUCAUGUACGUUAAAGACAGACCAGAGAAGCUGACUGUGAUUAAUGUAUACUGUCCCCUUGCUGAUCCGGACAAACCGGAGAGAAAACGGUACAAGCUUCAGUUUUACAGGCUCCUACAGAUCAGAGCUGAAGCCGUUUUAAGCUCAGGGAGUCAUGUGAUUGUCUUGGGGGAUGUGAACACGCCUCAUCAACCCAUAGACCACUUGGACGUUAUGCCUGAGGUGGAGGGAUCUGAUCACUGCUCUGUAUGGGCACAGCUCAUCUGUACCCUCCUGCCUAGUCCCAAGUGCACACGUCAAAUGCCAGAAUUUACUUGCAGACAGCAGAAGUACAGGGGGAAAAUGUUGCGACGAACAGAUAAAGAGACAGAUAAGCUAGCAGACAAAAACAAUGUAAAAAUCAGGAUGAAGUGGAAGAAGAAUCUGCACCAUUACAUAUGUCAAAGGACUGUAAUAAAAGGGCUGUCCUGUGGCUUUUGGAAAUCGGUUUUAGAUGGGCCUCCUCAGCCGCCACUAUGCAAGUCACAGAAUGAGCCCUGUGUCCUACGACUACGAGCUGUAAAAAAAGCAGGGCCUAAUUUAGGCCGGCAGUUUUUCGUAUGUGCCCGUCCUCAAGACAAUGCCUCCAAUCCUCAGGCCAGGUGUAAUUUUUUUUGCCUGUGUUGA